AUGCCGGGCCAGUUUAUCAGCGUUCCGUUUCUGUCGCAGGCCGAAGACAUGGAUAAGUAUUUGAUGGAAUACCGGAGUCUAAAAUUGAUGCCACAAAGUGCAGCGAGUUCCCAGCAGCAGCAGCAGCAGCAGCAACAGCAGCAGAACCGUUACUCAAUGCAAAAUAGAACGACCAUUACGGGCAAUCAGGCUGCUAACUUGGGCUACAACAAUGCAAACAACGGUCGCAAAAAAUUGGUGGGUAACAACAACUCCGCAACGCAGGGCUAUCGUCUUGGAAACAAAAACGGAUUCAACAAGGUAAGCCACCAGCAGCAGUUGCAGCUGCAAAUGCAGCAGCAGCAGCAACAACAACAACAAGCCCAGCAACACGCCCAACCACAAGCUCAGCAGCCUCUGCAAGGUGCAGGCUUCAAACAAGCAUUCCCCCAGAUGUUUUACGGCUCUGCGAAUGGUAGCAACUCAUCACUUGCUCAGCAAGCUUUGACCUCUCAAGUUUACGCACCAAGCAAUGCUGGUCAACAACAACUGAUGACUGCAAGCUCUUCCUCGAGCUCCACUCCACCUCCCAGACUGCAUGUCUCCGUCAGCGGGACCUCUUCCAUUUCUUCUCUGGGUGGAGACUUCGACUACCUUCUACCUAACGAGCUAAAUGGACACUUGAUGCCUUCAGCCUCGACGCAAAUUUCGUCAAAUCUGAAUGGCGCGGCAGGUUGCUCUACAAACAAUAUUGCAAACUCGGGGACUUCUCAGGGCUUAGCGGCGACAAAUGCGGCGAGGUCUUCGACUACUGCGCUGAACAUGAUGCAGGUGGCACCUUUGAGCGGAGGUUUUUUGAAUUCAGUGUCCACUGCUCUUCCAUCGGGAUUUAAUAAGAUGGAGAACGAACUUUCCAGUUCCAAUGAUUUUAUAAGUGGAUUACCAUCUUCUUUACUUUCUGAAGGAUCUACUGCACCUGAAUUUUCGGGUUUAAGUGGGCGAGACGCAGUCUUCUCUAACCCUAGUGCUGAAUCCUCCCGCAGUUUUAUGCUGCCAAACUCGAAAAGCUGGGGCGCGGGGAACGUAAACUCGUCUUCCACAGCUGGGUCUUCUGGUAUUUGGAGUAACGACAUGAGUGUCUGGAGCUAA